UAUAAAACUUCACUAUAUGAGCUGUAACUAAUCCAUCUUCGUGGAAUACGGUUGUGAUAAUUAUUACCGAUAUCGAAGAGGAUACUUCCUCUACUAAUAUUUUUUAGUCGGGCUGAGUACCAAGUACGUAGCCUUGCACAGAGUUUUGUUGCAAUACUUAUGUGUGUCACGCUGCAGGUAUUGCUUGUCCUUAUUCCCCAAAUCAACAGUAAUAAUUAUGCUAGACGAGAUUUCGGCGGCGGUGAUCUUUUUAGCCCGCCUGAUCGAGAGAAGCGAAAACUUUAACCAAGAACAGUUAGAAGAUUUCAAAGAACAUCUGUCACAGUUGCUAGUGGAACGUUUUGAAAACCAUUGGUUCCCAGACCAGCCAUGCAAAGGACAAGGUUAUCGCUGCAUCAGGGUAAAUGAACGGGACCCCCGGGAUGCUACCUUGGAGCGAGCAGCAAUUGCUUGUGGAUUCAGAUAUGAGGACCUGAAGCUACCAGUUGAGUUAACAAUUUGGGUUGAUCCAAAUGAAGUAUGCUGCAGGUUUGGGGAACAUAGGGGAUCAUACUGCACACUGGCCUCAUUUUGUGAUAAGGAAAACAUCACCACCAUCAAUAAGAAAUUGGAGAAGUUUGGCACCAUCGAGUCAAAAUUACAGACGACUCCGUUGAAUACAAGUAACCAGCAUCAGGCCAAUGGGAAGAAGGGCCACGGUGGAGGCAGUCCUAAGCAGAACAAGUCUGGUUCAAGGCCUAACAAGAAUUGGGGAGGUCAUAACGGAAGUUUAGGCUUUCCCCACUCUCUUCAGUCUUGGUACAGCCUGAUCCCUCAUCAAUGGCUGCCACCUUCACCGCCUCCAUACCACCACCCGCUUCUCAGGUCACCACCUGGAGGAAAAUGGGGCACUCAUGUGCCUGGUCAGAGGUACUACUGGCAAAGCAACAACCCUCAUAACCACAGUCACCACCACAAGGCUGCACUGAAGGUUUAGCUGGCAGGCUGUAGCUUGUAAGAUGCACCAUACAAUGAAUGUAAUAUAUCGCAUUUUAAAUCAGCUUCAUGAAUAAGUGGGGUGUGAGUUGUUGAUGAGUUUGUGAACUUGGUUAGCUUUUACAAUUGUACUGUACCCACUGUACUCAGCCACAAAUUAUUAAGUUUAUUAAUAAUUGUGAACUGUACAGUCUUCAGAUUUAUUGGUAUUUAAAUUGUAACAGGGACUUGGUGCAUUUUACAUAACUGUUGCUAGCUGGUAAUUCAUAUUACACAGAUUUAACAGUAGCAUUAUAACACUGUGUAGGUUGACAAAAUGAUAUUUGCUUUUCCUUUUUUUAUGGUAGGAACCAAACUUGACAACAAAUGAUAGGUCCUGUGUUCAGAAGUUUUCAUUAUUCUUUUGUCAGCUGGUGCAUAUCAAGUUUUCACAGUACGAAUUUAGGACCUAAGUAGCGUGGCGAUGAUAACUGGGUGUUCUAUGUAGCUUAAUAUCACGAAACCUUCCCUCAUAUUGAUUGUCCGCAUCCAUAAAAACUACUUAUGUGCACAAAUAAAUGGGAUUUUUCUGCUAGAGGUAAAAAUAUUCAUCAUGGCAUUUACAGAAUAAUGAAGUUUUGUUUAAUGUGAUCAGUUCUUGUGUGUAAAUUGUAAAAUUAAAAUUGUAGUGCUAUACUGAAAUGCAUUACAUUAAAGAUUGCCCAUGUUUAAAAAAUAUGUCUUGUCUAAAAGUUUCCAGCAGUAACACAGCACAGAAGGUGAAAUUGUUUUGUCCUUAUUUGUGGCUGUGAAUACUGUUUCAGGUGUUUUUUUCCCCAGUGGUUCUUGCAUCAGAAUUUUCUCCAGUUUACUGCCGAACAUUAUUUUUAAUUACAGCUGCCGAGGAUUAUGUUUACGGACCUUAGAUUUUCUUCAGUUUAUAUUUUAUUACUUGAGUUUUGUUGCAUAUGCACAGAAUUGUGGAAAUGUCUUUAGAACUAUGAAAUUGGUGGAAACCACAGUAAUACUCAUUUCUCUCUGAAAUUCUGGUCAAUUAUGAGGCAACCAAAUUAAAGGGACCACUGCUUAGAGCUCAGUUCAGGUUACCUUUAGCACUUUCCACAUCAAAAGGAUGAACAUUCCAGAUAGGCCAUUCCCUGCAGUUUUCUUUUCUUUAUAUCUUAUGCAUUAUAUUACUUGAUAAGUUAUUUUUUUUAUUUUCAGAGUUUGGUUGCUUUAAUUACAGAUUCUUCCAAGUAUAAAACUAAUUUGAAGAAUACCUACAUCUUAACUGCCAUUUGUGAUAACAAAUGUUAACACAUUUCAUAUUCUUAAAAACUUGCAUACCAUGUAGUGUAUUGGAAUAUAAAUCAUGCAUACAAACGGUACUGUUUACGCUUUGAAGGACACUAAUGCCAAACGUGUUUUGACCUCAAGAGGUCAUCAUAAGAUGGCAAAACAAAUUAAUUCAUAUAAUACAAAUAAAAAAAUAUUAUGGUUUUGUACAGAGCAUAAAAGGUUUGUACUUUAAAAAACCAUACUUAUGUAACACAUUACUGGACGUUGAUUGCACAUGAGUUGAUGUAUUAAAUUGAGCACUUGGCCUCUAUGUCCACCGGCCUGAUUGCCGUUGUUGGUCUAUGGUGAGCCGUGGUUGUGUCAUCUGUGCCUCUGUUGUUAAACUGACAGUAAUGCCCACUCAUUGUAGAAGUUCACAGGCACAGACAACGCAACCACGGCUCACCAAAGACCAACAACGGCAAUCAGGCCAGUGGACAUAAAAGCUAAGUGCUAAAUUUGAUACAUCAACUCAUGUGCAAUCAACGUCCAGUAAUGUGUUACAUAAGUAUGGUUUUUUAAAGUACAAACCUUUUAUGCUCUGUACAAAACCAUAAUAUUUUUUUAUUUGUAUUAUAUGAAUUAAUUUGUUUUGCCUCCGAUGAUGAACUCUUGAGUCGAAACACAUUUGGCAUUAGUGUCCUUCAAAGCGUAAACAGUUUUGUUUGUAUGCAUGAUUUACAUUUCAUAUUAGUGUGAAAUGCCAAAGAUGUUACUUGAAGGAAUUAACUUUUUCUAACCAAACAAAAUUCUAGAUGUUUGUUAAUAUCUCAGUGUUACACCAAUAUUUUGCUUGUGCAUAAUGUAUUGCAUAGUGUCAGAAUUAUUUGUCAUAUGUAAUGGGUGUCAGUUUGCAAAUUUGGAAUUGUGCAUGUUUUCUGUGUUAUAUUUAGUGUUUAAUAUUUUAAUUAUAAUGAUCUCUUAUCUGGUGGUAAAGCACUGUGUAUCAGUUCAAGGCUGUAUUACUAUAUAAAUUUUAGCUCUGAAUAUUUCUAGAUCAGGUUUUGAAUCAUAUUAAUAUUUUGUACCCUUCAUCAGCUAUAUAAGUAUGUGGAUAUAUUUGCAAGAUUAAUUUUAUUAUGUUUUUAAAUUUUGGUAACUUCUACAUUAAGUUUUGUGUAUGGACGUAAUGUUUAUGUAGCUCCUACCAAAUACUUGAUAGACCAGGUGGGGGUGUUGCCCUUCUACUUCGAUUACUUUUAAAGUUUGGGUACAUCACAUAACUACCUAAACUGCUCUUGGAGUAUAGUAGCAUUGAGAAACUGCUGUUGGCAGUUAUGUUCCUUGUGUAUAUUAAAUAUUCAGAUUUAAGUUUCUCUUCCAUGAUUUUGGAGUGGUGAGAAAUUUGUGCUUUAAACUUCAGUCUAUUAUUUGUUUUGUCUGUUGAUCAUGUUAAAGACUCUAUUAUAACCUAUAUUAAAAAAUAUAACAUUGUAUUGUA